UUAUUAUAAAGAUAUCCUCAAAGCUGCUGGAUUCAGUAUCACCCCUGAACAAUAGUCAUUAACAAGUGUGGGUUGAACCAGACCAAACGACAAACAUGAAAACCUUGAUUGUAGCCUGUCUCUUGGUGAGCGUAGCCUUCGCCUCAGAAAAGGAUAAAGAAGUCAAAAAAGAUAAGAAGGUCGACAAGCGUGGGCUCCUAGGCCUCGGAAUCCAUGGUGCCGGUCUAGGUUUGGACGGUGGUUUAGGUCUCAACAGUGGUCUUGGAAUCAACAGCGGCCUUGGUCUUGGUAUUGGUGAUGGUCUAGGUUUGGGUCUUGGAGGUGGUUCUAUCGCUGUAGGUGCCCCCAUUGGCAUUGCUGGCAGUCCCAUAGGAAUUGCUGCACCUGGUGUCGAAUUGGGAAGACACACCCACACUCACACCACCAUCACCAGGAACAUUGGUGUCCCAGUCCCACAACCCGUUGCUGUGCCUGUCGACAGACCAGUACCUGUAUCUGUACCAGUCAAUGUACCUGUAGCCGUUGACCGUCCAGUACCCGUCGAAGUACCCAGACCAUACCCUGUCGCCGUUGACAGACCCAUCGCUGUACCUGUAGACAGGCCUGUAGGUGUCCCCGUUCCUCACCCAGUACCAGUUGCCGUACCCAGACCAGUCGGAAUCGCUAUCCCAAGACCUAUUGCUGUCCCAGUUGCUCAUCCAGUUCCAGUUAUAUCCAAAACCAUCUUGACUGGGGGCCACGGUAUCCACGGAUGGUAAUCAAUAAAAUGGAAUUUCUGUUUCAAUACUUACUGAAUUUCCAUUAAUGUAUAUAGAAGAGACAAUAAAAUUUUUCACCUAGACAAU